AUGCUGGAGACUAUUAGGCCGCAGCAGUGCGAUGAGUCGGGCAAUCUGAUAUUCGGGGAGUUGUUGCGGUGGGCCGACUUGGCCACGUGCGCAUCUGCGGAGGCCCACACGCGUUCAAAUUGUGUCACGGGCGAGGUGACCGACCUGGUUCUCGAGGAGGGCGUUAUACCCCGGAGCGGCGACACUGUGGAGUUGACAGCUCAGCCUGUGCUUGUGGGCAAUACCUCUCUUGUUGUCGAGCUUCAUGUUCGCAUCGAGAAGUCUCAGGGGGACGCCAGCAUGAAGCGCUGGUCUGUUUGUACCGUGCAGUUUACUUACAUUACAAUGAAAGGGCCCUCCGGUGAGAGACCCAAGUGUCCUCCACUCGAAGGCGAGGAGGCAACGUUCUUAUCAGCGCACCGACGCGACGUAUUGAAGAAGAAGGGUGCCAUUGUAAGGCAGCUUGAAGAAGAGCCGCUCGAAGACCUUCAGGAUAAAUUUCAGCACUUAAAUGUGUCUAAGGAUGCAGUCAGAGUGCGGGACACAGUGCAAUUGACGAUUGAGCUGGUCCUGCCGCCCCACACGAACCAUAUGAACAACACUUUCGGUGGACAGGUAAUGUACUGGAUGCAUAAGGCCGCAAGAAUCACAGCAUUGCGUCAUGCAAGCAUAAGGAAUGAUGUUUUGCCUGGCGUGGUUUGGACGACAUCAGUGGAGGGUGUGCGUUUUGAAGCGGCUUCGAAAGCCUCUGACCAUUUGGUAUUCAAGACAUUCGUGCGGCGCGUCUACCUUCCAAACCAUGUGGUGGUCUCGGUGAAGGUGUCCACAAGAUCCAUCGCGGAUGGUACGGAGAAGGUAAUACAUUCUGCUCCGCGGGAACAUGGCUAUGUUCGACGGAUCAACACCGCCAUCUUCCAUAUGAAGGUUUUCGCCGAUCGUGUCGGGGGCACGCCCUUCGGGGUUGCGGAAGUGGCGCCAGAUACGGAACAGAAGUCAGAGCUGGUUGAAUUCCAUGAAAUUCAGCGACGGCUCGAAAUCACCCGGGCGUGUGCUAGUAUGACGUCGUUCAAAGGUGGAGCUUUGCCGUGGCUCGAGGCCCUGGCUGUGGAGUGCGAAGCUGCAACUAUAGAUUCGGUGCUUCGGCUUGUCGAGGGCACUGCCCGCACCACGUGGAAGGCAUUGGUUGCUUGCGAGCAGCAGCCAGGUGUAGACGUAGCGGUUAGCACUGACGUCUUUGGCCAACGAUUCACGGCAUUCCACUUCACUAUCUCAUGCCAGGCAGACGCAGGCAGCGUUUUCCGCAAGUUGUCGUCAUUGCAGCGGCACCAGUGGGAUGAGAAGUGCGAGCAGUACACCGUGGAGAAGCAGCUCAGUCCUACGGCCGAUCUCGUUCACAUGGUCGUGCAGGUGCCGCACACUCCUCGGGUGCUCGACUGCGCGCCGCCCCGCUGCAUGCCUUUUCUGCUGGGCGUGCGCGGGCAGUGCGCCGCGUGCCUGCCGAGCACUGCCAGGGUGCGGAGGGACAUUUCGCUCCUCCGUGCCUGGAAGCAGACCUCGCCGGGGAGUUACGUAAUGGCUUCACGGUCCGUCGACCACCCACACUUCAAGCACGUCACGAGGGUGGCGCCGCCAGCCGUCACCUAUCCCAGUGGCUUUGUUGUCUCGCAGUGUCAUCCCCGUGGCAGCUCGUUGCACUACAUAGUCGUCAUGGAGAACGAAGUGUUCAGGAGUCUCGGCGCCAAGACUGCGAUUCCCCUGGCGGCAUCUAUGCAAAGCAAGUCCCUCCUGAAGCUUCGGCAUCUUCUGGACGCCAACGAAAGCUAG